CAAAACCGUUUUUCUGCCAGUCAUAUACCAACCAGAAGCAGCUUUGCAAGUUGCAAAUUGCAACAGUUGGCAGAGUAAGGGGUAGUUUGUCCAUGAGCAAGACUGCAGAGGCCAACGGCAGCGCGGCGAAGAAGAAGGCAGCACCCAAGUCGCGCAAGCGUAAGACCAGCGACGUGGGUGCUGUAUCCAAGUCAGGUGUCGCCCCGGCCAAGCGGUUGGCCACUGAUGCAGCGGCGGCAGCAGCGGUAAACGGCUCCGGAGCUGAGGCACACACGAUGCAGGCGCAACUGAAGCCAUUUGUACGCGGAGAACUGGUCGAGAGCAUCAAGCACAUGCUGUUCGGUUUUGGGGAUGAGGCUGAGCCUUUGGACGAAACGGCCGAGCUAAUGGAGGAUCUCGUGGUCGAGUAUGUGCACGCAAUGACCAAAAAGGCGAUGGAGCUGGCCACGAUCAAGGGCAAGCUGGACACUGAAUGUUUCAUCUUCCUUAUCCGCAAGGACCCAGAGCGCUACGACCGCAUCGCCGAGUUACUGCGCGCGAACGACGAGUUCCGCGCUGCACUCAAUAGCGGCUUCGACCCGAGCGACGAGAAGAUGUACUGAUCCCAUAUUAAGUAAAAGGUGUUUUGGAACCAGAACCACUCUAAGUGAAUCGUAUUGAAUUUUAUAAGGAUGUGUAAGCAUUAGCAUUCAACCACGAUGAAACAGAAACUUUAUAGGUGCGACACGGUACACCCC